AUGCAGCUUGCUAUCAUUGCCGUCAUCUUAUUCACCGCCGUUACGGUGGUGACCAAGUUAAUACAAUUUCGAAAAGCCCCUAUCAAUCAGUUCUUAAAGAAGUUGAGAUUUAUAGCGAACGGACUCACACUCGGGACACCUCCGUCGAAACAGGAGGAAGCCGCCUUACGCGCCGAUGACGGGAAUGAAAUCCCUUCAUCUUCAUCAGCGGACCUGUUGACGAGGACUGAAGUUGAGACUCGGUUCGGCAAGGAUACUUGGCAAGGCCUUGCGUACCACGAUUUCAAAAGCGCAAUAUUAGCCAAGGGGAGUGGCAUGAAAACCUUUCCUUGCGUAUAUGCCACCAUGGGAUAUCGAUCAGACGACCAUCGCUAUGUUUUCCUCGAGUCAGACGACCCAUCAUCGCCCCAUAAUGUGCGCAAGGUAUCUCUAGCUCUAGCCGAGUAUCUUCGCAUGUCAAUCUCUCUGGGUCCUAAUACAUCACUCGUCAUCAUCGGCGCCCCCUCCGAGAAGCAGCGAACUGUCGAAGAGUAUAACCGUACCUUCUGGGACAUGCUUCGAGGUCUUCGUAUCUGCGAUCCAAGACCUUGGCCAGAAGAUAUUCCACAAGAUACAGAGGAUGCUAAGUGGACGUUUUGCUUCAAUGGAGAGCCUGUGUUUCCGGUCAUGUUGACCCCAGCACACCAGAAGCGAUGGAGUAGACAUAUGAGUGUACCGGUGAUUGCACUGCAACCGAAGUGGGUGCUGGACAAUCUGCUUGGAACUCCUGAGAAACGAAAAGCUGCACAGAGCAAAGUUCGGACCUUGUUACAGAAGUAUGAUACGAUAGGUGUCAGUCCGGAUCUGACCGCUUAUGGUGCAGUCGGUACUAGCGAAGCCCGCCAGCUAUGCCUACAGGACAAGAACGAAUCAGUUCAAUGCCCAUACCGCAACUUUGAUAGCUAG